AUGUCUCCUAUUGCAUUUCGGAUUUUCAAUGUAUCCCAGAAGACUCUACUACUCACACGUACUGCUAUGUGGGGUUUUAAUAAUAAAACAUUUUUAGCAGUUGCAUGUGCUAAUAGGCUCACAAAGCAUUUUCAAGUGGGUUAUUUAGUCUGCAAUUGCUACUGCUUCUGGCUUAGGCGGUUCCUUUCAUGUAUUUUUUCUAGUGCAUUUACAGAUGCACAUUUGCUCCAUAGCACUCUUCUGUACUGUAAUAUGCAUGCAUGGAAAGUCUACAGUUAA